AUGUCGCAUCCCGCGGCAAACUUGAGCGUUUUCUUACAAGAUAAAUCCUGGCAAUACCCGACCUACCCGUUACCUACAACGGACUCUCUUACUGGCCUUGAUCUUGCCGCCAUCUACGGCCGCAAGUUCUUUGUGAGGCGAACAUUACGAGAAAAUCCUUCUGUCUUGCAACGUCGGUGUCAACGGCCGUUGUUGGAUUAUGCUCUGAGAGGUCUGAACAUGCAGGUGGUGGAGAGCGGAGCAUUAAAAUCUCGCAUCUUCUAUGUCCAUCAUCCGUAUAGAGUAGUGGAAGAAUUGCUCGCUCACGGUGCGGAUCCAAAUCAGAAGAUGGCAUUAUACCACGGGCAGACCGUCUGGGGAAUGUUCUUGUGCUCUCUUUGGGAGCUUGUAUCUGAAUUUUAUGAGUAUUCCCUGCCCAGAUGGCUCAAAGUAGUCCGAAUCCUGUUAGAGCACGGCGCCGAUCCGGAUUUGCGCUUCGUUUUCUCUCCUGAGGGAGCCGUAACCGCACCCAACUCUGGGUACUGCAGCGCAAAAGAUCUAGAUGACUCAGGUUAA